GGCACACACAUUAAACGCGCGUUCCGGCCGCUCUGCAAUCACGCGACACCGAGGUGCUGGCCGCGUGACGUCACGUCCCUGGUACAAAGCGAGUGCAGUUUUCCUCACAGUGACGGACUACACAGUGUUGGAUCCGCCGAGGAGGACACAGCUUUUGCAAAUAUGCGGAAAGAAGCUACAGCAGUAUCUCAGCCUGCACAGUUGCACAGAGUGGAUGGACAUUUGUGGGACUCUGUGAAGAAAGCAACAUUUGUUCUGGGUUCAGGAUUGUUCUUCUUCGCAGCAUUUAGGAACUCUGUAACAUGGCACUUUCAGAGAUUUUGGGGAGCAUCAGGUGAUUUCUGGCAGACUCUGUGGGGUAUGCUGUACAGCUAUUUUGGUGGAAAUGAAUGGGUCCUGUUUUUUUUAGGUACAAUGAUUAUUCCUACUGCUGUCUUCUGGGCUUUUAAUGGAAUAUUGAUGUUUGCGGAUGCAACUGGAAAACCAGCAUUUAUCACACGAUACCGGAUUCAAGUGGAUAAAAAUAAUCCGGUGGAUCCUGCAAAGCUGCGCCAGGCUGUCAAAAAAGUUUUGUUCAAUCAGGUUUUCCUUUCUGUGCCCAUGGUGAUAGUUAUGUACCCUGUGAUGAAAUGGCGUGGCAAUCCCUGCGGCCCUGAGCUGCCCACAUUCCACUGGGUGUUGCUGGAAUUCUUCGUUUUUGGAUUGAUUGAGGAAGUUCUGUUUUACUAUUCGCACAGGCUGUUCCACCACCCAGCUAUCUACAGGUACGUUCACAAAGUUCACCAUGAAUGGACAGCACCAAUUGGGGUAGUCUCCUUGUACGCCCAUCCUCUUGAGCAUAUACUUUCCAAUAUGUUGCCACCAAUUGUUGGGCCAGUACUCAUGGGCUCCCAUGUUGCCACCACAAUGCUGUGGUUCUGCAUGGCACUCUUAACAACUACAAUCUCUCAUUGUGGAUACCAUCUGCCAUUCCUCCCAUCCCCUGAAUUCCAUGAUUUUCAUCAUCUAAAGUUCAAUCAGUGUUUUGGAGUACUGGGGGUCCUGGAUCGCCUGCAUGGAACCGAUGCCAUCUUUAAGACCACAAAGGCCUAUGAGCGCCAUAUAUUGCUGCUAAAUUGUACUCCUUUAACAGAGAGUGUGCCUGACCCUCCAAAGCAGAAGAAAUGAUGAAAUGUGUUCAAUGGAAUUAACAUAAUCUCAAAUUGACCAAAACAACUUAAAAAGCACUUUAAUCGAAAUAUACAGUACUGAUUGCGUGCCAUUUACCAGUAGGGCAGAGCUUUAUCUUAUUGACGAACUCAUUUAUUUUACACAAUGUCUUCCCACUUAAGAAAGCUGAGCAGUUAGAAAAAAACGAGUGACUGUGAAAGAAACACAGGAGGGAAAAUAAGGCACUUUAAAUAUCUGAGACCAUUUUUAAAACCAUACUUACACAAUUAUAACAAAUAAAUUGUAAUCUUUCAUUCAAUAAUCUAAUCAACAUAAAAUGAAGCUAAUAAAAGUUUUAGAUUUUUCCACAAAAUUGGGACACCCCUCCAUUAGAGUACUGCUCUAAGAGUAGAAGGUGAGGUUAGCUGUGGAGGUCUCUGGAAAGGCCCACCCAGGCUAAUUAGUUUCAAGUUUGUGUCACAAACUUCAGUUUUUUGGUAUUUUUCUCAUGGAGUAAAGAUAUGAAAGGGCACAUUUGCCAAACAGUUAAGGUCACCGUAAGCCAGUGUCACAUUACGCGACUUCUUGUCACUUGGAAAUGUCAAACCUUUGACAAGUGCAGCAGCUGACAUUAUUGGCCGAGUAUGUCAUAUCGCGUGACUAGAAAUAAAAGGGUAUGACAUAUUACAGCUCUCUGCAAUGAAUUCCCAGCACAGCUUUACAAUCCCAAGAUAUUGCAAGCUGAACCCAUCUUCUGAUAGCCAAUAAUGUGCUGCUUGACUGCGCCGGUGCCAUACAAACACUUUCCUUUAGGGCAGGGGUCUCCAACUCCGGUCCUGGAGGGCCACUGUGGCUGCAGGCUUUCAUUCUAACCCAUCUCAUAAUUAGUGACCUGUUUUUGCUGCUAAUUAACUCUUUGCCUUAAUUUUAAUUGAUUCACUACUCACACCUCUUAAGAAUUUCUUUUUUCCUUAAUUAGCAGCCAAACAAUAAUGAGACCCAAAAUGAUCCAACACAUGACUAACAACCUGCGUCCAUCACACAAUAUCUGAAAAUAAAGAAAGAUGAAGGCCUCAGUAAUGUUGACCUGCACAUGUACACAAAAACAUUUUGGCAGCGCUCUUAAAAAAGAAAAUCAGCAGUUUUGGAAAUGUCUGCCAUGGAAGAAUGAGAGCCAUGCAAUUAAAAUAACGGGUUUUAUUAGCAACGAGAUUUGGCUUCAAAUUAAGAGACUGAAUGAAGUGAACUUGGUUGGAGUUUGAGGUCCUGGCUUAGUUGGUCAGCAGUUGACUCAUUUCACAUCAAAUUCACGUUUAGGCAUUUUUUUGUUGUUUUUUUUUUUUUGGGGGAAAAAAAUGAAUUCAGAGUCUCAAGAAAUGUCAAUUAAAAUGAAUGGAAAUAGUUAAUUAGAAGCAAAAACUGCUCACUAAUUAAGAAAAGGGUUAGAAUGAAAGCCUACAGCCACAGUAGGUCUCCAGGACUGGAAUUGCAGAGCACUGCUUUAGGGUUAGUUAGGCUACAACUACAAUCUCUGUCUUCAAGCCCACCCAGACGCCACCCCCAACCACUUCUGUCUGUCAGGUCCACCACGGCCAUGUUUCUUAUUGCAUGUGGCUGAACUAUACGUACUGGCUGUCACUGUCUUGUGGCAAGUCAGAGAGCGGUCACUGGGGAUGUUGGACUACACGAUUGGUGCUUACAGUAAAAAGUCGCAACUGCCUCUGACUCGCUGAUUAUAUAACUUAAGUCUAUGACUAAAAAUUGCUGGACAAAAUUGUGUGUAAUGUGACAGAGCGUUUAGCAGGAGUAUGUCUUGACUGAUUGUACUUGUGUCUCAUUGAUUGAUAACUAAAGGUAUAACAGCACACAACAUCACAUAAUUGUGUAAGAAAACUGACAUUUAUAAUCUGUAUGUAUCCACUGUCGAAGCAAUCAUUUAUUAUGAAUAUUUUUUACAGUAUUAUUAUAAAUCAUGUAAACUUCUAAUCAAAAUGCACCAUAAUCGCAGUAAUUAAGUACACUACUAACCAAAUAAGACGGUUUUGCACAGUGUGCAGUCAAGGGUUGCUCCUGCCUCUGUGACAGAAAAGUUAGUGACUUCAAAGAAAACCUAAUAAAACCCAACCUAAACUUAAUAAAAUAUAAAAAAAAGUACACACACAGUAUCAGUAAAUACACUAAAGGCAAAAAAGCGUUUUUGUAUGACUUAAGUUUCCUUUUAUUAGAUUUCUCAGUAGUGGGAACACAGCUGUAAACAUGUUAAAAUGGAUAUGAAAAGAAUAUACUGUAAGUCUUAAAUGUCAGGUAAUUGUGCACUUAACACAACUUGAUUGUUUUUAGCCAAAAUAAAUACAAGUGGACCUUUAUA